UGUAGCCCGGGCUGCAGUGAAGGAGGCGGAGUCUGAAUAUCCUGGUGGAGAUUUUGGUUCCCCAACCUGGGGGUCUUAAAGAGACCGACUCUUGGGAUUUUUAGCGGAGGACCGGGCUCCGAGUGAGGGGUCCGUGUAUCCCGGGCGAGUCACUCUUCGAGGGGAUCACUUGAGUGAGCCGUGGUAAAUCAGUCUCUGCAGACAACACUCUAAAGAUGCUGACCGGAUGGGUGGUAUAGGAUGAAAAAGCAUUCAGAAUACAAGAAACUAAGAAGUAAUGAAAGAGCACAGUGGAGUAAGGAGACACUUUGAAGAACAUGGCUCUGCACCUAGGAGGAGAAAUCAAAUGUACCAGUACUAUCCAUCCCCACUGUCUUUUGGGAGUGUGAGAAGCAAAUACUUUGUCUCUUUAGUUCCUGAGUCUCCAGGUCAAGAAGAGUGGCAUCCAGAGCUGAUGUGGAAACUACUGUGUAAUUUCAUAGAGAGCCUUGCUUUGAGCAGUGAUUGGAUGGAAGUUUUGUAUGUUUCCCUUGGAGAGGGGUUAAGUGUAUUCAGCCUGGAGAAAGGAGAGGAAAACAGAUAUUUGGCCCUGGGCAGGGCAAACCUGAAACAUUGUAUUACUAAUGAUCAAUCUCUGGUUUCCUAUCUUGUGGGAGGAUUAUACUUCACUACGUUGUCAAACCCAGUUGUGGUCAUAAGAACUGCAAAGGGCCAUGUGAGCCGAAGUGAUGUGUGUCAUUUCCAAGAGGAAGCUUUUAAAGUUACUACAUGCUUUUCCACGCUAUUGCUUUUCCACGCUAUUUCUUUUCCUGCCACAGUUACUGGAAAUAUUCCAGAUAGCAACUACCCGGCCACACUAGGCAAGUUUUCAGGGUCAAGUACUGCAUUGGGGAUUUAAUGUACAGUACCCCGUGUACCACUGCAGCUUGUGAGGACCAGCAAGGCCAUUGGUUUUGCUCUGGAAGUGGUCCUGGUGGGUGCUGCAUGGAGGCAGCCAUCAGGCAGAAUGAGGAGGAAUGGAGAGGGGGGAGAAACAAAAAUCUAAACAAAUAUCUUCCUGCUCACCUUCUAAAAGCCUAAAUUCCAACACACGCUUGAAUCGUACACUAAGAAUAACCACUAACAAAUUCAACAGUUAGAAUGUGAAUUUAACCCACAUGACAUUUACUUCAUAGGACAAUCCAACGGAGACUUUAAUGUGAGUAUGCUUAAGGUGGUUAAAUAGAGAAAUAAAAACACAGCUUACAUGAAGCAUGCACAAGAAAUCAUGAACCAAACACAUAAAGAAAGGAUCAGUAUUUUCCAUAUUAGAAUUUCCAGGAAAAGAGAAGAAGAGAAUGGCAAAUAAUAAAUAUCAGAAGAGAUAAAGAAUUUUGGAAUUGAUAAGAGCAUACACUGCAUAAAAUAGCCUCAACAUAGAUAAAUUUACCCAUAAGUGCAUCACAGAGAAACUGCAGAUCAUCAGAGAAAGACAAAAAUGUUAAGAGUUAUCAGAGAGUGAAAAUUAGCCAUGUACAAAGUCCUGUGGAAGCCUCAACACACCGUAUUCUCAGAGCACAUUACUUUUAAAUGAGAAUAAUGAUAAAAGGAAAAUAGUACAGGA